GCCAACGCCCAAACGGAUAGCUGGCAGACAGGGGAGAAGAAUACGCUCUACCUGUUAUUUUCUCUAUUUCCAUUAAACCGGUAUUCUAGGAAAACAAUAUAUUCUGUCCUUUUGUAUUAAGACGUUAUUUUGUGUGCUGGCCUUUAUUAUAUCAAUCGCCCAAACCGAUAAUGGAUGAAUCAUCUAACCUUGAAUUGAACUCAGACUGGGAAAAUCCUGAAAGUAAACAUUAUUUAGUGGUAGUCAUCGACGUCGUGCUUAUAUUCAUCAUCAUCGCAUCCAUUGCCGGGAAUUUAUUAGUAUGUAUAUCUGUUGGUUUGGAUGCUACAUUACGCACACCAAGUAAUGUGUUCAUAGCAUCAUUGGCAGUAGCUGAUCUGUUGUUAGCCGUUCUUGUCAUGCCCUUCUCGCUGUCUACUAACAUCGUCCAUCGGAACAUCUUCAGUCCUAUAUUCUGCAAGACCUGGAUAUCAUUUGAUGUCACGUUUUGUUCGACAUCUGUGAUCCAUCUCUGUGUGAUUAGUCUUGACCGUUACUUCCAUAUCAAGGAACCAUUUAAAUACAAACGAUGGAUGACAAACAAACUUGCUCUGGUGAUAAGUAUCAUAGUAUGGAUGUUCAAGGCUCUGUGCGCAUUCGUGCCGAUAUUUUUAGGUAAAUUCAAAGCAGAACGAUCGUCAGAUGACACUCUGAACGCUACAAUAUUAAAUGAUGACGAGGAAGAGAAUCUUACGGGAUGGCAUCUAUCAGGAUUUAUCUUCUGCGAACAUGCUUUCAACGAGACAUAUUCAACCAUUAUUGUAUUUGUCGAUUUUUUAAUCCCGAGUUCAAUUCUUAUUUUCGUUUACGCGCGAAUAUUUCAUCUCAUUCAAACGCGCUCUAAAAACUUACGUCAGGGUCGUCUAGCACAAGGCAAAUCGAAUGAUGAGAACAACGCAAGGUCACUAACAGACUUCCGGGUCAACAGUCAGCAUCAAUCUCACCACAAAGCUGCUCUCAUGCUUGGUACAAUCAUUGGCCUUUUUUUGAUUUGCUGGACGCCAUUUUUCCUCAGACUUCUUGUAUGCUCCUUUCAGCAGUGUGUCUCUUUCUCCUCGAAGACAGAUGAAAUAUUAACAUGGCUAGGAUAUCUCAACUCAUGUAUGAACCCGAUUGUGUAUUCUAUUUCUAAUCCUGAGUUCCGCCAAUCGUUUAAGAAUAAUAUUCAUCACAAACCAAUGUCAUGGAUGAUAUCUAGGACACGCAGGUUAUCAUUACAAUACAGACGUAAUGCACGUACUGUUGAGUCAACUUGUUAGAUAGCUUUGUAUCAUAAGCUCGGACUAGACAUGUAAAAUAGAUCGUCAACUUGUAUUGGUCAAUAUCACCUUCAAACCAGCUUAUGUUUGUUUCUAAGAGUCUUAAGAAAAAUAUGUAUCGUAAUAUUUUGAUUUUGGUAAUAGAAAAUUGAAAGAUUGCGGCUGUGUGAUAUUAGGACUAAUCUGAUGUAAUGGCCUGUCAUGAUUUGUUCACGAACAACGAUCUACUGUUUUAAUAGUUCCACCAUCAUUACCUAUACCAUAAAUCACGCUGCGUAAGAUUACUGAAACACAAAAAUAAAUGUUGCUCGGUUUCCCAAAUGUGAAAUCAUCAUUUAAAGAGUUCAGCUGGAAUUCGGAAACUUUUUUUUCUCUCUCUCCUUCUUUUCUUAUUUUGGCCCUCUCAUUUCCCUCCAUGUCCCCCCUGCGUACGCGCCUUGAAGAUUAGUUCAAAUUAUGAGAGAUGUGGAGUGAAAUAGUACAGGUGCAUGA